AUGGGCCGCUCACGUUCUCGCUCUCCUACUAGGCAUUCUUCAUCCCGACGGGAUAGGUCGACGGAGCAUGAUAGGGAGCGAGACUCUAAAAAAUCUCGGCGACAUGAUGAUUAUGACAGCGAUUCACGACGGAAACGUCACAGGAGCCGGAGUCGGGAGAAGGAGGACCGUGAGCGAGAUAGGCACCGCUCGAAAAAGACCAGAAGUCGGAGCCGAAGCAAAGAGCGUGACCGUGAUCGGAAAGAAAAAAAGCGAGACAGGUCAUCCGAGCGAGCUGCUCGCAAGGCGGAUAAACGCCGUGAAAGGGAAGAGUUGGGCGCAUCGCUCCCCACGGUUGCGGCGGAACUGAGUGCAUAUGAUGCCCUGGAUAACCCAUUCCAUGACGCCAACUUGAACCAGCAGUUCAAGUGGCACAAGAAGACCGAGAAGGAGAAAAAGGCUGGCAUUAGUGUACAAGAAUCACAACGUAGAGAGGCCACACGAAGACAGGAGGCCAAAGAAGAACUUGAACGCCUUAACAAGCGUCGCGCUGAGCGCGAGAUAGAACAACAACUUCGGGAAGAAGAGGAUGCUCGAAUGCAACGAUUGGCCGAAUCUGCUCAAAUGGCUGAAUGGAUAUCAAAAGAAGGAGACUUUCAGCUGGAGCAGGAGAGGCGUCGUGCGGGCAUUCGCCUCAAGGAGAAACGUGGCAAGGCCAUUGACUUCCUUGUUCUUAACCUCAAAUUUGCUACGGAUGCUAGUGGGGAUGUAGACGACGGUCUGGGUUUAGAUGACAUUGGGCUUGAGAUUGAUUUUGAUGAGCCGUAUGCAAUCUUUGAGAAUUUGUCGUUGGAGCAAACGGAGGAAUUACAUGACGAUAUCCAAAAAUACUUGUCGCUUGAACAGUCUCAGACCAAUAUUGAUUUCUGGACGAAUAUGAUGGUGGUGUGCAAGGAUCGUUUGGAUCAACUUCAUUCCAAUACGAUGGGAAAUAACAACAGUGUUGAAUCGGAUAUUUCCUCUCUCUUGUCCGGAAAGACAUACGACCAACUCUCCCAAUUGCAACGACAAAUCCAAACUAAGCUUUCCAGUGGAGAACCCAUUGAUGUUGACUAUUGGGAGGGUCUUCUCAAGAGUUUGUUGGUCUGGAAAGCAAAGGCUAAACUCAAAUCAUUGCACGAGGCUGUCGUCCGGAAUCGGUUGGAACAGCUUCGCAGGAGACAGCGAGACGAGGCAUUCCAAGCUCAAUCCGAACUCCUUGCUGCUGCUACAUCACGCAACAGGGCCUUUGGUGGCGACAUGCAUGCAGAUGCUGGAAAAGACACUGAAGAACCUGCAGUUAAGGAACAAGAGGAUAUUGAGCCGUAUGAACGUGGAAUGAGUCCCGAGCUCAUUGAUAUUAGUAAACUUCCGUACGAAGAACGGCAGGUUGACAUUAUUGAUAUUGUGGAAGAUUUGGCCCAAUUGUUUACCAAAAGACGCGCCAUCACAUCCACCUUGUUUGUACCUAAAGCAUCCAAGCCAGAGGUCGUUGUCACUGAAGGAGUUGUUGUUGACACCGGCGCAUCAUCUGCCGCUGACAUCGAGUCGGAGGCUUUGUACCGCGCCGAGGCCGAGAAGAACAUGGAUGAAGAAGAGGAACUCUACAAUCUAGAGGAGCUGAUCGUGAACCCAACUACCUAUACAUGGGAAGACAAAUAUCGACCUCGCAAACCGCGUUACUUCAAUCGUAUACACACAGGUUACGAAUGGAACAAAUACAAUCAGACCCAUUACGAUACCGAUAACCCUCCACCCAAGGUUGUUCAGGGCUAUAAAUUCAAUAUUUUCUACCCGGACCUCAUCGACAAAAGCAAAGCACCUACUUACAAGAUUGUCAAAGAACCUGGAAACGAGGAUACAGUGCUCCUUCAUUUCACUGCCGGUCCACCUUACGAAGAUAUCGCCUUCCGAGUCGUCAACCGUGAAUGGGAAUAUUCUCACAAAAGAGGAUUCCGCAGUAGUUUUGACAGAGGUUGCUUGUCACUUUGGUUCAAUUUCAGGCGCAACUACUACCGCAAAUAG